AUGUGACGUUCAAUUCGUCAGGGUCUCUCCUCGAGCGAGAUUCGUCAAGGAGACGCCACCGAAAGUCUUCAUCUUUCAAUUGUGUAAUUUAGAGUUUAAUGGCAUUCAAGAGAAUUUGUGACAUUCUUCAGGAGAUCAGUGAGUUCGAGCAAAUUUCCCGAUCAGUCUUUCAAGAAGAGGACCUUCGAACUUUCGCUUUCGGGGCGCGGUCGCUUUUUCGGCGCGACGUCGGUUCUAAAAAUAAAAGGGGCCACGGGGCCGACGUGCGGUAGACGUAGAAAAUCUGUCGGAUAGUCUGCCGAGGGAUUGCGCACGCAUUUUACGCACGUGCGUGAAGGGCACGCACCGGCCAGCGUCGCGCACACCCGCAUGGUACGCAGACGCGCCAAUCAAUAUCGGGCUAUACCGGGUGUGCACCCCGACCGUCGAGGCCGUUAGUCAGCCAGUACACCAUCAGCAAUCAACCACACCUUCCCGGGGGUUGCUUCGUCACCGUCGACCGUACCCUUUUGACGGAGGAGAGACGCGACGUCCGGACCGCUGCAUCUCCGAGUGUCGCAAGCUAGCCGGCUUGCCAGAGUGUAACGAAGCACCCCGUCUGUUGCGAGACGUCAGCACAGGUGAACAGAUCGAGAAGGUACGAAAGAAGAUAAGAGCUCAAAGAAAAUGGAACUAAAAGGGCGAGUUGCCCUAGUGACUGGAGCCGCAUCCGGCAUCGGCAAGGCAUAUGCUGUCGAACUGUUGAAUCAAGGAGCCAAGGUGACUAUAUGUGACAUAAACACCGAAGAAGGAGAAAAUCUGGUAGAAACAUUAACCGAAAAGUAUGGUAAAGGUCGCGUAAUCUUCUCGCAAUGCGACGUCACGGAUUAUCCGCAAUUCGAAGAAUCGUUUCAAACAACGAUCACGGAAUUCGGUCAUAUUGAUAUCGUAAUCAACAAUGCUGGUAUCAUGAAUGACCGAUUUUGGGAGCUUGAAGUAGACAUUAAUCUCAAUGGGAUAAUACGCGGCACUUUGCUUGCUCAACGAUUUAUGGGCACCGAUAGGGGUGGCCAGGGUGGAAUCGUUAUUAAUACCGGUAGCAAUGUCAGUAUUAACCCUUACGUCAGCGUGCCAGUAUAUUCAGCGACGAAAGCGGCUAUUGUCAGCUUCACCAGAGCUUUCGGGGAUCAAUAUCACGUAGAUUUGACGGGCGUUAAGGUGAUGGCACUUUGUCCGGGUGCCACAGAUACAAAAUUGGUACGUGACGUCAAUAGAAAGCUUCUUCUGGCUCGAUACGAAGAUGCCUGGCAAAGAGAUAUAGUCUCAUCAACUCCUCAAAGGACGGAGCACGUGGCUAAGGCGUUAGUACACGUGUUGAACACCGGCAAGAGCGGAAGCGUGUGGAUGGUGGAGAAGGACCAGCCGCCGUACGAGAUCAGCUUUACGAAGCACUAAAGAGGGUCCCGCGCGCGUGUGUGCAAUGAUUCUUCCUCGCUUCGCUGCAAAUAUCUAUGCCGUACCGCACAAUUAGCUAUAAUUUGUAUCGAGAUAUAAUAUCAUCCCGUCGCACGCCAUUGAAAAGGCGAAAACGCGAGCGAAACGUAAUUAUUCGUACUUUCGUAUAAAAAAAAAAAAAAAAUUAUCACUUCGAAGACCAAUGCGUUUUUUAUUUCUCUUUUAACGACGGCAAAUGCGUUACUCGAUGUUAAUCGUUCAUCUUUUGAUAGAAAGCGAAUCCUUUUGAUACGUUUUAUACUGCCGCGACAGAGAACACGACGAGUCCUCGGAUUUGAUAAUUACGUGAUAGAUAAACGCGAUAUUUGAAAGGAAAAAACAAAAAAAAAAAAAUCCGCGCGAUUGGCGCGAGAUCCGCGUCGCGACGGAGGGAACAUUUAUUACAAAAAAAAGAAGAAAAAUGAUGUAAAAACGGCUUUCGCUUCCGUCCCGUAUCCGCGUUGCGAGUUCGCGUCGGUUUUUGCAUAGGUCUGAAAAACGCUCAUUUGCCAAGAAUUCUUAAGGAAUUUCUCGAGGAAUUUCUAAGUCCUGCCUGUGUCUCGCGCCGACGGAAACUGUCGCAACACUUACAAUUUGAUCCUGCCGCACUCUAUAACCGUCGCGUGACUUGCUCAUUUCUCUCUUAACGCACACGUCGCAACGUUCGACGAUUCCUUUAACGCCAUUCCGUUUAAUAACAUGUAAUGCUGCAUAUAUUGUAAUCGCGUUUCGUCAAGUCGAGUAUAAUAGAGACACUCUUUAUGUAUCUAUUGCUUGUAUGAGGAAGAGACGGGAGGAGAGCGCACGAAAGAGAUAGAAUGAAAGAAAUAUACGCAUUUAUUUUCACGCUCUCGAAGCGUACAAAAAAAAGGGAAAGAGAAAGAUUAUACUAUAUACGUUUCUCAUGAUAGCUAAUGCAAGUAACUCUGAAUCCACGAUUUAGAAAUUUAUUCCUCUUCGUGAACUGUCGGAAAUCUAUCAAUUGACGUCUAGCUAAAGAAGGAAUAAAAUAAUAUAUACAAUUAAAUAGAAGUGGAAUAAUUAGUAAGAUAAAAGUGUAAGGCACAACCAGACAGUUUUAAUAAAUAUUAACAGAUCGAUGUAAUUGUUAUUAAAAAUAUCAUAUUUAAAACAUUAAAAAAAUAGAACCGGUAAACAGAUAAAAUUCGUCUUACAUAAAUAUUGUUUGAAUUAAUGGUUAAAGACAACAGACAAUCUGUAAAAUUUUGAAGACUUGAUGAAGAAAAAAAAAUUAAAAAUUUUGUUUCCACUUCGAAGUUUCGAGAGUUAUCUGCAUCAGUGUCGGUAACAGUGAAUGCAAUUAAACCGAAAUCCGUCGGACAAUUACUCCAGAAAUGAUAUUACAUGUAUAUCUAAUUGUGUCUAUAAUUUUUCUACAGUAUUUGGAGGGAGAUAAAAAUAUUUAGAGAGACGGUGUAGCGAUAGAGUUAGAAUCUGUAGCCUGAGAGUGCACGACGCUCGACGCGAUCACAUUCUUUCGAUAUUAGGUAUUAGGCAUUACGAGACGAUUUGUUUAAAUCGAAUUGCAGAGCUCAGAUCGAUAUAUCGGUUUAGAUGUCUAUAGCUAGCUAGCGAGUUUCGUUUUCAAAUAUCGCCCGUUCGAGUAAUCCUUCAUUGUAGCUUUUCAUCGAUCAGUGGCGAUUUCGUUUUUGUUAUGGUGUUACAUGAUAUGUAUGUUGCUAAUCUUGCCAAUAAAAUGCAUUGCCUUUUAAUAAAA